UUACUGUUUACUUUGUAGCUAAAUGUUUUAAUGCACAUUUAACAGUAAACUAAACUUUUACAACUUGCAUAAUUCAAAUGUUAAGUUCCAAUGUUAAAUAAAAUGAAAUGACGCACUGAGAGAAGACAUAAGUCCAUGAAAAAUCUGAAGAACAAGUACUUUGUUUUACUCCAUUGUGACUUAAAAUGCCUAAUUGAAUCCCUAUGGAUAAAUAAAUACAUUAAAAUGUAUCUUUGUAUUGUUCAACAAGCCUGGUUUAUCAGACCAAAUAAAAACGAAUGGAUACUUCUGAGGAUUUAACCUGAAAUAAUUUCUAAUAUUAUUGUUGUGCUGAACUAUUUUAUAAGAACAUUUUAAGAGACUGUAUGACGUGCAGGAAAAAAAAAAAAAGAAAAUUAAGAUUAAGCUCUAAUUUGGCCAUGAAAAACAACAUUAUGUAGAUAUAAGAUGGACAUCAUGUCUUAUGGCAGCAACUGAUAUGAAUUGCUAAAAUCUAAAUCUGUCAAGGCUUUUCUUUUAUCUUUUGUUUUACUUUUGCUGCUAACUUGUAUUACGAUGUUGUACAUUAUAAUGCAGUGAUUGUGUUCACUAAGGAUAAAUAAAUGCACCUUUUUAUCUUUAGACCUAAACGCUGGCUUUUCAAAGUAAAUGUAUGUUCCGGUUUUAUAUUUUGAAAUUCCCCGGAAGUGGUGAACCAAUCACAGUACUGAGCGCAGAGCCGGGGCGGCUAGCUAGCUAGUCCGCUAGCUAGAAGUGCCUGUUUGUUCCUUGAGGAAACGGGACGACUGUCAUGGAUUAUUUACGCCGCAAAUUGUGACAACUAACGCCGAGAUGAUGAACGACAUUAUGGAGGAGCCAGAAAAAGACAGCCUUCUGGAUCCGCAGCAGGAACCGCGUCUUUUACCGGGGUCCAGCAACGCCACAAGACCAAAGACCACAGAUGGAGGCAUCAGACCAGUGGAGAAAAGAGGACCUUACAUCAUGUCUAAAGCUCCAGCCAUCCACCUCAAACUGCAGAAACACAGAGAGAUGGCGAGGAAAGCGCUGAAGAAGAAAGCUCUUUCAGCUGGACUGACCGUGACGCAUCCGUCCAGACAAGGAGCGAAGAGGACUGUGAAGUAUAACAAGGGCUACGCUGCUCUGAGCCAGCACGCUGAAGAAACUCUGGUUGCUCUGGAUUCAGACAGUGAGGAAGAAAUCGACUUUGAGCAGUAUUCAUCAGGAUACUCCUCAGCUGAGGUGCAUCCUGAUCUGAGCAAGCAGCUGCUUCAAGACGGCUACCGGCUGGACGAGAUCCCCGACGACGAGGACCUGGACCUGAUCCCGCCUAAGGUCAUCGGCUCGUCUCUGUGCUGCUGCGACGGCCCCUCCUGCUGCGUCCAGUGACCUCCUGAAGGGUUCAGCCGAGUCUGAACUGAAUCUGCUGCUCGCUGCCUGAGGACUCCGUCUCUGCUGCAGGACGAAAACCCGCAGGAGUUUGAGAGGAAGCCUUAUUCACUGUGACUAUAAUAACCCCCCAACCUGAUCGAUGAGUUGAUCCGGUUUAACAGGAUCAAGCAAAAGUACUGAAAAUAAGACUGCUUGAGUCGAGUCAAAGGAUGGAUCUGACUCGGAACAUCAUUCCUUUAUGUUGUUGCUCUUCUGUGUAUCUGAGCUCAUUCAUUAUUUACCAGUAAUUGUAAAACGAGCGAGACGAUUCGCUCAAGCAGAUCGGUGCUUUGAAAUGAUGAGCAGUGUUUAAAAACACAAAAAAAUGUCAGUUAUACGCCUUGAAUGUAAUCAGAUUACUAACUCGCUUUGAUCAAUAAUUAAUCCAGAAACUCUGAGGGUUUAAAAACCAAUGAUUGGAAAUAUAAUGCUUCGGUUUUCAUUUUUAAAUCUUAAUCUACUUAAUAUGUAAGUAAUUGGUGGAUAAAUAUUGAACAAUUAGUUUUAUUGUGACCAUAUUGUGGCGUUUCUCCUCAGAACGUGUCCUCGCAGAAAUGGGUCACAGUAUUUGUGUGUUUCUCUUUAUAUCAUCAUACGUACACUAAAGUUAAGUAUUUACACUUUAUUUUUAAGUUUAAAUUUGUUAUAUUGUUCAUUUUCUGUUUGUUACAGUGUUUGUUUUCUCCACAACAAGAACAGAAAACAUUUUUGUGGAUUUCUUUGAGGCGACUGUUGGGCUUUUAUUAUUAUUAUGUUUGCGAGUUUAUUUUUUAAAAAGGUGUAAAUACAAACUAAAAAAGCAUCCUGUCAGGAGGUUUGAUGCAUGAAUUGCAGGUAAACUUGCCUUUCUUUUUUUUUUUUUUUUUUUUUUUUUAAAGACGUUAAGAAAAUAAGAGCUGGAAUUUGCACAACUGUUUUGGUUUCCACCUGCAUUUAAAUGUAUUUAAAUGGAAUAAGGCGCCCAAACGCAGAGUCUGAAGACGCUUUCAUUCAUGACAUUCUCACUCUUCCUGUUUGUGUUGUUGUGUGUGUGUGAGUGAGCAUGUUCUCCUGCGACACUGUUGAAACUGGACCUGUUUGAAGAAGCCCCGCGCUGCGUUUUGACUUACAAACUUUGCACUUCAGUGGUCGGUAGCACUCGACUCACCUGCGCUAUGCAACUGUUGGGACAAUCUGCUGGUGGUUGUCUGGUUGUAAAGUGCUGAUGGAAAGAACAGUUUUCUAUUCAAUCUUUGUUUUUAUUUAACCAACACAUUUAUUUGGUUUUCAGUUUAGAAUAAAGCUCUGAAAACAUG